CUCUCUCGUGUGUGUGUGUCGGGUUUGAACAUGGUGUUGAGAAUAAGAAGCACUGUAACAGAUAUUCAACGUCUUUUUCUCUUGGUACUGUAUAUUCACUUGCUAUCAGCUCUGGGGGAGUCACCUGCAAAGCUAGUGUAUGGAAAAGAAGGAGAGUCGAUUACAUUCCAUCUGGAGAAACAUCCAGAACUGCCCUUCCAAGAUUUCUACUGGACUUUCUCCGACGAUCGUUUGGCGGUCUGCGAUCUAGACAAGUGCAUCAAUUACUCAGAGAAAGCAAGUAUCUGCAAUGUCACGUUUUCGCUAGAGCUGAAGAAUGUUGCCCGGGAUAAUGAUGGAGAGUAUACAGCUGUCCUCGUUGCGGAAAAUGGGGAAGUACAACACAUUUCAACUCAUCGCCUAAUCGUUCAAGCUCCUGUCUCUAAACCUGUGAUCCACUCCUCUAUGGCUUCCAGCCUCGAUGGAAGAUGCAAUGUCACUCUGAAUUGUACUGCAGAGAGGGGGACGAGCAUCUCAAUACAGUGGAGCUGGACUGGAAUUCAUCACACAGUGAUCAGUGCUUACAAUGGGAGUCUGUUGAUGGUUUCCCUGGACCCCAAUGCAGAUGGGUCCUUCACUUGCAAAGCACACAACCAGGUCAGCAACUCCUCAGAAAACGUACCAGUGGAGAAAAUCAAAUGCAACAACAACUGGGAUACUGCAAUCUUGGUAAUAAUCAUUGUGGUGAGCCUUGCUGCAAUGCUCCUGGCUGUCACUAUGGUUAUGAGGACUUUUCAAAAGCGCAGAAGAGGAUCGUUUAACCUGCAAAACAAUCUGGGUAGGGGCGGAGUUUCUUGCUGUGCAGAGACAGAGAAAACAAGCCCUUGCCACAAAACAUCUUCUAAACCACAACCAUGAUAACGGGACUGCAAGAUGCGAGGAGUUUUCAUUGUCACACAUAGUUACUUAGUAUUUAAUAAAAAUGAUCUUUAUUUUUAUAUAGCGCCUUUCAUUGACGACCACCAUCAUAAAAUGCUUUACAAGAGACUAAGGUGUAUGAGCUAUGCAUCAGCUGCAGGGUCACUUACAUCAAUGACUCACCCCAAAGACGAAGCACAAGGAGGUUCAGUGA